GAAUAAGAAGAAUAGGUGGUGGGAGCAGCGCAAAAUAGGGUUAGAGAAACACGAAGGCCCAAACUUAGUUAAACAAAACAAACAUUCUUUCCCAUUCUUCUUUUCAUCUUUCUUCAAAAACCAAAACGCCACCACCACCACCACCUUCUAAUAACUAUGCUAUCUUCAACACCCUCAAAUCACUUUUGAGUUUCGAUCUUCACUCAUCAUCCUAACACCUUUUAACUAGGUACGAGGGAUAGCAUUUCUGAGGAGAACUUUGGUUGAUUGAUUGACAAUGGGAGGUGCAUUAGGAAAGGGUGACUCGCCCAAAAAGUCUUGGGUACCAGAAACUAAGCUUGAGGCUAAAAUGGUCGAAGCAAUGCAGCGCAGGGAAUGUCAUGGAUGUACCACGAGAUCAUUCAAUACUAUAAUACUAAAAUUUCCAAAAAUUGACGAGAGCUUCAGAAAAUGCAGAGCCAUAUUUGAGCAGUUUGAUGAAGAUUCUAACGGGGCAAUAGAUCAAGAAGAGUUGAAGAAAUGUUUCAGUAAGCUGGAAAUUUCUUUUUCUGAGGAAGAUAUCAACGAUCUUUUUAAAGCAUGUGACUUUAAUGAUGAUUUGGGAAUGAAGUUCAAUGAGUUUAUUGUACUUCUUUGCCUUGUCUACCUUUUCAAAGAUGACCCUAAGGCACUUCAUGCUAAAUCACGAAUUGGCAUGCCGAAUCUGGAGGCCACAUUUGAGACAUUGGUUGAUACAUUUGUAUUCUUAGACAAGAAUAGGGACGGAUAUGUCAGCAAAAAUGAAAUGGUCCAAGCUAUAAAUGAAACUACAUCGGGGGAACGUUCUUCUGGAAGAAUAGCCAUGAAAAGAUUUGAAGAAAUGGACUGGGAUAAAAAUGGAAUGGUGAACUUCAAGGAGUUUCUUUUUGCAUUUACACGGUGGGUUGGAAUUGAUGAAGGUGAGGAUGAGUAAAAUGCAUAGGCCUGAGUCAUGUCAUCUGUCAUCUGAAUUGUCUUUGGCUCUAUCUUCUGCUAAUAGUCUGUAGAUUUGUGCUUCAGCCAAAACAGAAAAAAGGCUUUUCCAGUUUUCACUUGUAAUAAAGGACAAGUUGCUUCAUUUUGAAUUUUAUUUCAAUGAAAUUAUAAUUGGUGAUGUAAAUACUAAAUAGUAAGUGCUAAAUUGAAGAUACAGUCAAACUUAAAUGUUAAA